CUCCUCACAAAUGAGUGCGCAGACCUAGCCUGCCGACUUUCUGCCCGACGAUACGCCCUGCCCGCCCCUUCGCGAGGAGCUACUACCCUUCCUUCCCCCUCCACAUGGUCGAGACGGCUCGGCGUAGCUGUGCAUAUAGGGAAUCAGCCAUGAAGGCAGCCGUGGCUUCGCACAUUCUCGUAUCGGGGGGAUCAUUGGAUCCGCUGGCUGCAACUCCACCAGACCAGCGCCAGGGGCAUACGCAUCGACAGAGGACGAAGAUCGCACCUGAGACACACACACCCAGGGUAGCGCACAUUGGCUCCUCGGUGCUUGUUGAUGAGAGAGGAUAAUGCUCGCUGCACCAGGAUGCUGUCUCUUUUCUUUGUGGCUGUCUUGUCUCUGGUCUCAUCUACACUGACAUAGCCGAAGGCUGCCUCAGAGGUCGCAGGGACGGCAACAGACAAUGGUGCAGACGUUCCAACUCCACGAAAAGGGGGCGGGCGGACGAAAGCCGAAGAAGGGACACCGGGCCCGGCCGCAUGUGCACUCGAGACCGUCCUUCCGCUCUCUGUCAGCCGCUGCCCGCGACUGAGUCUGGUCGACGAGGGAAGAGACGAGUGCGUCAGCUGCGCUAAAAGGAGAUCCCAGCUCGUGUCGGGGGCUGCGAACGGGGCACUCGGAAAUGACUCUCGCCUCAGCAUCCGCGAAACAUGCCCCGCCGUGGACGGCCUGCCACCGGCGGGCAGACGAGCAGAUGCCGUCCCUCUGUGUGUCCUAUCGUCCGUUGACAGAUGUGGUGGCGGGAGUGCCCUGGUGACCGUGUAGCGGAAUGCUGGCCUGGGUGUCGGGGAGGGAGGGGGUGAGGGGGAGGGGGACGCUGUAUUGGAUGAAGGGACGAUGGGAAGGUACUUGGAUAGACUCUGGCGGACGUCUUGAAACAGGGGCACCCACUCCUGACAAGAGGCAGAGAGGCAAUCAGUGGUUCGGGUAGUCGUGUCUCCCACCUCAUCGACGAGCAAAGGCACUGGCCCCUCUGCUCUCCCUCUGUCGAGCUCGGCUGUAUGGCUGUCCUUUUCUCGCGAAUAAUGUGUUGGGGCAGAUGCAGGAGGAGAGCCCAAUCCCGUCUCUGCAUACGAGUUCAGCAUUACAUAGAGAGUCUCACAUCAACGACCGGCAUGAAUGGUCAUUCAUCGCACGAACCUUUUCCACUGAGAAGCAUCUUGUAGAAGGGACUGGUGUCCGCUACAACACCCUCAUCACCCGCAUAAUCGUCAAGGUACCUCACUGCAGCACCACCCCCACCAAGUUGAGCCAGACAUCUCGUUUUAAGCAUCACAAUGUCUCCCUCAAGCGCCUUCACGCCAGCCUCAAUCUCCCCCUCCUUCCCUGCCCUCCGCUUGACGCAUCCCGGCACCUGCUGUGCAUCACAUUCGUCCAUCCACCGCUUCGCCAGCUUCUGCAGAUGGCCGUGCGCCUGCGUGGCGUCCACGAGAGCCAGUUCACUCAGGCCCAGACAGAGGAAGGCCUCACACCUGAGCAGCCACAGCUCCAUCAGGAACGCUUCUUCGUUCGCGAGCUCCUGGCCGUCUGCGGCUGCUGAUGAGUGCUGCUGAAUCAGCAGGGUAGAGACCACAUUUGCCGUGACGGCGGGGUCGCUCUGCAGAGUCUGUCGGGCACUCUCCAGCAGAGGACCGCGUGACAAGGGGACACCACUGCCGUCAUGACUGGUACCCGACCCAUCUGAAUGCGUCUGUGCGUCCACAGCAUCCGCCAUUUGAUUAUUGAAGACUGCGAGAUCGAGUCUCC